CAAGGGCGGGGCCUGGCCGCCAAACCCCGCCCCCUGGCGGCACGUGGGGCGGAGCCGUGGCCGGCAUGGAAGAAGCUGGAGCAGCUCGGGCCGGGCUGGGCUUCACCUUGAGUGUCCCAUUUCCAUCCCCCCUGGAGGCCCAAAUCGCUCAUGGCUCCCUGGCCCCUGACCCUGAGCCCCGCAAGGGGGGGAUCAGCAAAGAACUGACUGUGACCGAGAACUUCCUACACGUGUGCUGGAAAGCAGACGAGGCCCGGAUCCUGCGUGUUUCCAUCAGCUCCUUCCUGGACCAUCUCUCCCUGGUGAUACAGACCAUGGAGAUGUUUGGGCCACCGGUACCCCGAUAGCACCUGCCCUCUGGCACCCCUGGGGAGCCAGGGGUGGGACAAGAGGCUGGGACGACAUCCCCUCAGCCUCCACUGCCUUGAAGAUGCUGGAGCCGGUGCUGCUGGGGGUGCAGGCCAGGCGUCAGCUGGACUGUCCUGGUCGGGGGGGACAGAGCUGGGGGAUCACAGAGACGGUCCCUGCAUCUGGCCAGCACCUUGGACUGGUUUCAGCUCUGAGGCUAGAAGAGCCUGGGGGAGGGGGGUUUGGG